AUGGGAGUCGUCGAUAUGCUCAAGAUCAGUGGAACGUUUAUCGUGAUGCUGACUGUGGUGCGUUCGGAACCUCCGGUUAAUUCGUAUCUACCUUCAAGAACGGGCACAUCCGGUGCGAAUGGCGGCCUAUCCACCCAGUACGGCGCACCAGAUUUCAAUAACGGCGGUGGCGUUAAUAGAAACGUUGGCGCAACAAGUUUCAGCGGGCUCGGCGGUAACGGCGCAGGUAAUGGUCCGUCGAAACUUUACGACGUACCCAUCGGGGGAAAUGUCGGCGGAAAUGGUCAGUUUCAAGGAAACGGAUUCGGGGGUGGACCACCCUCUAGCUCUUACGGCGCUCCCGACGGUGGCUUUGGUGAAAGCCGUGGCAACGGAGGAAGACCGUCGACUAGCUACGGCGUUCCCGACGCGAGUGGACGUAACGGGGGUGGUUACGGAAACGGAGGUAACGAAGGAAGACCGUCGACUAGCUACGGCGUUCCCGACGCGAGCGGGCAUGAUAGGGGUGGUUUCGGAAACGGAGGCAACAAAGGAAGACCGUCGACUAGCUACGGCGUUCCCGAUGCGAGUGGGCACAACGGGGGUGGUUUUGGAAAUGUGCAGGGCAACGAAGGCAAGCCGUCGACUAGCUACGGCGUUCCCGAUGCGAAUAGGAACGAGGGUAGUUUCAGAAAUACAGGCAACGAAGGAAGGCCAUCGACCAGCUAUGGCGUUCCCGGUGGAAACGGGGGUGCUUUCGGAAGCGGAGAUUUCGGAGGAAGACCGUCGACUAGUUACGGCGUUCCCGGGGUGAACGGAAAUCACGAGGGUGGCAGCGGAAGACCCUCGAGCAGUUACGGCGUACCUGGUGCAAAUGGAAAUACGAAUGGCAAAGGUCGUUUUAACGACAGAAAUAGUGGCGGAAGACCGUCGAGCAGCUACGGAUCCCCGAAUGAAAGUGGAUUCGGUGGAGGAUUAUCAACCAGUUACGGUCCACCUAGUAGAGGUGGAAAUGGUAACAAUGGCUAUCCAUCUGCAGGAGGCUCAAACGGAGGAAGUUUCGCAAACGGUGGGACUAACGGCUAUCCAUCUGGAGGUCCAAAUGGAAAUGCAGGGAAUCUCGGGCACGGCGUUGGGAGUUUUGGAAGAGGAGAAGGAAGAGAAGAAGGAGGAAGAGGUACAGGCGGGGGCUAUAACGACAACGCGCAAGAGGAAAGUACUGAGCCGGCGAAAUACGAGUUUUCAUAUAAAGUGAAGGAUCAGCGAACCGGCAGCGAUUACAGUCAUACGGAGACUAGAGACGGUGACCGAGCUCAAGGCGAGUUCAACGUUUUGCUUCCAGACGGUAGGAAGCAGAUUGUCGAGUAUGAGGCUGAUCAGGAUGGAUUUAAACCGCAAAUUAGAUACGAGGGCGAGGCGAAUGCCGGCGAUGGAUACGGCUCCGGCGGAACGAGUGAUAACAACGACGGCUAUUCUUCUGGUCGACCAGGUAGCGAAAGCGGUGGCUUCGCGAAUAACUCAGGAUUUAAUGGAGGCGGUAGUAACGGCGGUUAUCCAAGUGGCCCCGGCGAGGGAAAACUCGGCGGAUUUAAUAGCGGAGGCGGCAACGGUUAUCAGUCGGGAAGACCAGCGGGACAAUCUUUUGGCCGAGACAAUGACGGUGGUUUGAGCGGUGAUAUCGGCGGUUACUUUUCCAAUCCUCCCAGCAAUAACAUCGGCGGUGGUGAUAACGUGAACGUUGGAAGAAACAGGCAAAAUAGCGGUAAUAGUGGAUAUCAAUAUUAAAGAAACAUUGAACACAUAUUUCAAUAGGUUUAGAGAUUAUCACUGUUCUGGAAUUUUGCAAAAGGAAAAAGAGAACCAAGUGAAAAAAAAUAUUUAGCAUAAAUUUAUCUGCAUAUUUAGCCAAAUAUUGUUUAAGAGUAGUCACACGCGGAUAAUGGGAAACUUCGAUAUUACCACAUUAUUGUAUUAUUAUCCAUUUACGAGAUUUUUCCAACAAAAGAAAC